ACCGGCCCUCUCCCCUCGCGGUCACCCCGGGCCAGACCCGCCUCGCUCCUCUCACUCUGCGCCCGCUCUCCCGCACCGCACCGCACGGCUCGGACACCCACGGCCCUCACUUCUCACGCACACACACGCAGCGAGGACACGGAAUGGAGACAGAAGGGAGCCAGAGCGCCCUGUCCGCCGCGGACUCCCCGCACGACCCCUGUAAAAUGUUCAUAGGUGGACUCAGCUGGCAGACCACACAAGAGGGUUUGAAGGAGUACUUCUGCAAGUACGGCGAGGUGAAGGAGUGUAUGGUGAUGCGAGAUCCGGUUACUAAGCGCUCGAGAGGGUUUGGAUUCGUCACCUUUGUUGAUCAGGCAGGCGUGGAUAAAGUUUUGGCCCAAACCCGGCACGAGUUGGACUCCAAAACAAUCGAUCCAAAGGUUGCGUUCCCUCGCAGAGCUCAGCCCAAGUUAGUGACUCGGACCAAGAAGAUCUUUGUGGGCGGCCUGUCGGUGAACACAACCAUCGAGGACGUGAAACAGUACUUCGACCAGUUUGGGAAGGUCGACGAUGCCAUGCUCAUGUUCGACAAGACCACCAACAGGCACAGAGGUUUCGGCUUUGUGACGUUUGAGAACGAGGACGUCGUGGAGAAAGUCUGCGAGAUCCACUUCCACGAGAUCAACAACAAAAUGGUGGAGUGUAAGAAAGCUCAGCCCAAGGAGGUGAUGUCCCCCACGGGCUCGGCCAGGGGGCGCUCUCGUGUGAUGCCCUAUGGAAUGGACGCCUUCAUGCUGGGCAUCGGUAUGCUGGGUUAUCCGGGCUUUCAGACUGCUACUUACACCAGUCGGAGCUACGCUGGCAUCACUCCUGGAUACACCUACCAGUUCCCUGAGUUCCACUUAGAGAGGACUCCCCUUCUGACUUCACCCCACCCCCCUGAGCUCACAGCGAUUCCUCUCACAGCGUACGGGCCGAUGGCGGCGGCGGCGGCGGCGGCAGCAGUAGUCCGAGGCUCCACCCCGUCCCGCACAGCUGGAUUCUUAGGAACCAGCAGCCCGGGCCCGAUGGCCGACCUGUACGGAACAGCCAGUCAGGAGUCGGCCGUCAGCAGUUACCUCAGCGCCGCCAGCCCGGCCCCGAGCACCGGGUUCAGCCACAGUCUGGGGGGUCCUCUGAUUGCCACGGCCUUCACCAACGGUUACCACUGAGAGCUGCAGAGCUGUCGACUGAGAGCUGGAAGGAGUUGAAGCCGCUCUGGAGCUGAUCUGGUCCGUCUCUGUCCGCCAGCACCACCUCUCCGGCCCGGGGCAGCCGACCCACCACCCCCUGACGAUACUGACGCCUCACUGAGCUCCACCUCCUGAGCAGAAGAAGAAGAAGAAGAAGAAGAAGAAGUUCAGGACGGGAGCGAAAUGUUUCUCACUAUAUCGUACAGAUGCUGUAUUUUUUAGUCUUUUCCUGUCGUUAUGUUUGCUGUUUUUUUUGUUUUUUUUUGUGACGGCUGCGUCGUUUCUUUGUGUUUUUAUCCUGAUCGCUCUGAGACGAGAAGAGCGCGCUCUCUCUCCACGUGAAGCCUGUAUGAAGGUCAUGAGCUGUAAUUUGUAGUCAAACUUGUAUAUUUGUCUCUAGUUCAUACUGAAUGUUAACAACACAUUUGUGAUUAAUACGAUUUCUUGACAAUGUGUCACAAAGUGUAUAUCUUGGUAGGUUUUUAAACGCGUCACACUAAUAAUGGUCAUUAGUCACAGUUGCGUAAUAGGCUGACACGAGCUGUACAAUUCUGUAAGAUAUUGUAAAUACGACUCUGGUUUCUGGGAGGGAUCUGCUGAUAUUUGUGUCGGGCGGUGGGAGGUUAUUUUUUGGAGAUAAAUGUUGCGUUGGUUGCGUCGUCGAUCCUCCUCGUGUUGGGAGACUGUUACACAUCGUAGCUUCACGUGAAGGUCGAGAACACUUCGGUACGUUAACGCCGGCCGAGAGAGACGCCGGGACGCUUUGCUGAUGUUUGUGUGUGAGGGGGGGUGAAAAAAAAAAAGAUGCUGUUUUCUUACUUUGUCAUAUUGUUAUAACUGUGAUUUUCAAUAUGAAAUGACUGUUUGUGAAGGAAAAUGAAGGACUGGUGCAGACGAUCAGCUGGGGGCUCUGCAGGUUGUGUUGGUGUGUGCGGGGCGGCGCCUCAGCGGCUAAAUGUGAAAUUUAUGAAAUUUCAAUCUGAUUUUUUGUUGUUGUUGUUGUUGUUUUUACAUUAACAUCGAUGUCAGCAUGUGGAUGUUUGAACCUUUUAGAGACGGUGAGAGCGAGAGGUGUUUCUACCUGCCUCCUGCUCACCUGCGUGUCCACUGGAGGUCACAGCUGUAGCGACGUGACGGCUUCUCUUAGACCAAAACUAAAUGUUCAGAGCUACUAGGAACGUUGCACUGGCUGAUCACGAUUACAUGUUUUUCUUGUUUUAUUUUUUUUGUUUUGUUUUUGUUUUUUUUUCCUUUGGCUGUUAGUUUAAGAACAAAACACUCUGGAUCUGCCAGCUUUUACACUUUCAUACACUCGCUCACCUGGCUGGUAGUUUCACACUCUGAUGCUGUUUUCACUGAGAAAUAACAAUCUUUGUCGACACUGUAACAUUUUCUGAUUUUUUUUUUUCUGUCAUGUUUUAUUCCGUUGGGAAAAUAACUUCUUAAAAUUCCUAAUAAAUUAUUUUAAAACAUUC